UCAACUGCGUUUUACUUAGUCUUCACAUUCAAUCUUUUAAAACCAUUCUCUUCCUCUUUUUUCUUCUCUCUCUGUCUUAUCUCUCUCAGCUCAAACAGAGUGCUAGUGUGAAAAUGGGCAGAGCAACAAGGUGGUUCAAGGGGUUGUUUGGAAUUAAGACCAAAGACAAAGAGCACAAAGCAAAUUCAAGUUCCAGUGACUUCAAAGACACGAAGGGGUCAAGCUUUGGGAGAGAAGAUGCAACCCUACUGUGUCACAACCCAGCCACUAUACCUCCCAACAUAUCACCAUCUGAGGCAGCUUGGCUGAGAUCAUACUACAAUGAAACAGAGGAGGAGCAGAACAAGCACGCAAUUGCUGUGGCAGCUGCGACGGCCGCCGCUGCUGAUGCCGCAGUUGCUGCAGCUAACGCAGCCGUGGAGGUUGUCCGCCUCACCAGUCAUGGCAGAGGCACCAUGUUUGGUGGUGGAAGAGAAAGAUGGGCCGCUGUGAAAGUUCAAACUGUUUUUAGAGGCUAUUUGGCCAGAAGAGCACUGAGAGCUCUGAAAGGACUGGUGAAGUUGCAGGCGCUAGUUAGAGGGUAUUUAGUGAGGAAGCAGGCCACGGCAACUCUGCACAGUAUGCAAGCUCUCAUUAGAGCACAAGCCACAGUUCGUUCUCAUAAAACUCGGGGGCUCAUCAACACCACCCCCAACAACAUUGAAGCCAAUAGCAGAUUUGAAAUCCGUGCACGAAAAUCCAGGGAGAGAUUUGAUGACACUGGGAGUGAGCACACAGCUCCAAGCCACAGCAGAAGGCUCUCUGCUUCUAAUUUGGACGCCAAUAUUGAUGAAAGUCCCAAGAUUGUGGAGGUUGAUACAGGCAGGCCUAAAUCUAGGUCACGCAGAACAAACACUUGUGUAUCUGAAUUCAGUGACGACCCAACUUACCAACAAGCACUGUCUUCUCCAAUCCCAUGUCGAGGACCUGCCCGGCUAUCGAUCCCCGAUAGCCGGAAUUUCCCAGAAUCCGACUGGGGACUAGCUGGAGAUGAAUGCAGAUUCAUUUCCACAGCACAAAGCACACCGCGGUUUGUGAAUUCAUGUGGGGCUAGUAAUUUGCCUGGCACACCUUCAAAGAGUGUUUGUGCUGACAAUUUUUUCAGAGGGUAUGCUCCAAAUUACAUGGCGAGCACUCAGUCUUUCAAGGCCAAGUUGAGGUCUCAUAGUGCUCCUAAGCAGAGGCCAGAGACAGGACCAAAGAGGAGACUUUCACUUCAUGAAAUGUUGGAGUCAAGAAGUAGUCUAAGUGGGGUGAGGAUGCAGAGGUCUUGUUCACAAGCUCAGGAUGCCAUUAAUUUCAAGAAUGCUAUAAUGAGCAAGCUUGAUAGGUCCUCUGGAAUCUGGUAACUCAGAUUCAGAGGGGAACUAAGCUAGUUGCAAUAAUCAAGUUCAAGCGAAAAAAACCUUGUUGGUUAAAGAAAGAAUAGGGGGAAGGGAAUAUACUAGAUAGAUGUGUUUGUAGAUUAUAAUUUACUGUUUAUUAUAGUGAGAUGUAAUCUCAUUUUAAUGUUGGCUUCUGAUAAAUUAUGAUGGGGUUAUUAUGU